AUGGAUGAAACUUCUUCGCGUUAUUCUCGUUGGAAAGUCCCACAGAUAAAAGAGGAAUUGGUAAAAAGAGGUGCGGUAACAACUGGUCGAAAGCAGGAACUUAUAGACAGAUUGGAGGCCUAUGAUCGGAAUCAGAACUUCAAGGAAGAUCCUAUUUUAUUACCAGAGCCCCUUGAAGUCGGAUGGCCGGUGGCUGGAUUUAAACAGAUUCUCCCAGAACACCAACAUAUCAUUCCCAAAAUCACUCGAGAACAGAUAGAGGCAUAUUUUCUUUAUAGAAUAGCAGAUGACAGACAAUGCACUGGAGAUUUGAAAGCAUUGGUGAAGGGCCAAGACAUGUUUGACUCCAACAAAGUUCUGGCUUGCUCUAUAUGCAUCGACAAUGAUAUUUACCUCACUGGAAUUGUGGGUGCAGCGAUGAAACAAAAAGUGACUUACAAUUAUAAAGUCCGGGUUUCAAGAGAGAGUGGGGACCCUCUGAACACCCACUGUGAAUGCCCAGCAGGAAGAGGGCCCCAUGGCACCUGCAAACAUCUUGCGGCUGUUUGCAUCAUGCUCGAGUAUUUUACCGAGAAUGGGACUUUAAAAAUCGCAAGAUCCUGCACCGAAAAUCUGAUGUCUUUCCAUAGACCAAAGAGUGCUUACAGUGGUUCUCCAGUAAAAGCUGAGGAUCUCCCAUCUAAAAAGAGACCGUAUGAAGACUUUUUUGAAGAUCCAAGGCCACUGAAGCACAGAAACAAUCCGUCUUACAACUCUAUGGUACAAAAUAUCAUCACCAACUACUGCAGCAUAACAUCUAAAGAUAUCUCUAUGAGGUAUCUGUAUCCAAGAGCAAAUUUUCAGGUAUAG